GCGCAGGCGCGCCGUGGAGGGGCGGGACUCUUGCCCGCGUCUCUUCUUCCAACUGCAGUUUGAAGCAGCGCCAUUUUGAGCAUUCGGCUACCGCGGGCGUGAUUGCCGGGAGGCUGGGCUCUCCUCCGUUACCUGGCUUUCCUUGCUUCGUUUCCAUAGAUACAUGUGAAGACGUGUGUACAUUGACGUCUAGGCCGCAUCCAGCAUCCCAAGCGAACUUGCUAAGAUGAUGUUAAGAGGAAACCUGAAGCAAGUACGUAUUGAGAAAAAUCCGGCUCGUCUUCGCGCCCUGGAGUCGGCGGCAGGAGAGAGCGAACCGGUGGCCGCGGCGGCCAUGGCGCUGACGCUGGCCAGCGAGCAGGCGCCGCCACCCGCGCCUUCAGAGGAGCACCCGGACGAGGAGAUGGGCUUCACCAUCGACAUCAAGAGUUUCCUCAAGCCGGGCGAGAAGACGUACACGCAGCGCUGCCGCCUCUUCGUGGGUAACCUGCCCACCGACAUCACGGAGGAGGACUUCAAGCGGCUCUUUGAGCGCUAUGGAGAGCCCAGCGAGGUCUUCAUCAACCGCGACCGAGGCUUCGGCUUCAUCCGCCUGGAAUCCAGAACACUGGCUGAAAUUGCAAAAGCAGAGUUGGAUGGCACCAUACUGAAGAGCAGACCUCUCCGAAUUCGCUUUGCUACACAUGGAGCAGCCCUUACUGUCAAGAACCUUUCUCCAGUUGUUUCCAAUGAGCUUCUAGAGCAAGCAUUUUCCCAGUUUGGUCCAGUAGAAAAAGCUGUUGUGGUUGUGGAUGAUCGUGGUAGAGCUACAGGAAAAGGUUUUGUAGAAUUUGCAGCGAAACCUCCUGCACGAAAGGCUCUGGAGAGAUGUGGUGAUGGGGCGUUCUUGCUAACAACAACACCUCGCCCAGUCAUUGUAGAACCCAUGGAGCAGUUUGAUGAUGAAGAUGGUUUACCAGAGAAGCUAAUGCAGAAAACUCAACAGUACCAUAAGGAAAGAGAACAGCCACCGCGGUUUGCUCAGCCUGGGACAUUUGAAUUUGAAUAUGCAUCUCGAUGGAAGGCUCUUGAUGAAAUGGAAAAGCAGCAGCGUGAACAAGUUGAUAGAAACAUCAGAGAGGCCAAAGAGAAACUGGAGGCAGAGAUGGAAGCGGCUAGACACGAACACCAGUUAAUGCUAAUGAGGCAAGAUCUAAUGAGACGUCAAGAAGAACUCAGACGCUUGGAAGAACUCAGAAAUCAAGAACUGCAGAAACGGAAGCAAAUACAACUGAGACAUGAAGAGGAACAUCGUCGUCGAGAGGAAGAAAUGAUCCGACACAGAGAACAGGAGGAGCUGAGGCGACAGCAGGAGGGCUUUAAACCAAACUAUAUGGAAAAUAGAGAACAGGAAAUGAGAAUGGGUGAUAUGGGUCCCCGAGGAGCAAUAAACAUGGGAGAUGCAUUUAGCCCAGCACCAGCUGGUACCCAAGGGCCUCCUCCAAUGAUGGGUAUGAAUAUGAACAACAGAGGAACUAUACCUGGCCCACCAAUGGGUCCUGGUCCUGCCAUGGGACCAGAAGGAGCUGCAAAUAUGGGAACUCCAAUGAUACCAGAUAAUGGCGCAGUGCACAAUGAUAGGUUUCCCCAAGGACCUCCAUCCCAGAUGGGCUCGCCUAUGGGAAAUAGAACAGGUUCUGAAACUCCCCAGGCACCAAUGAGUGGUGUGGGGCCUGUGAGUGGUGGUCCUGGUGGCUUUGGUAGAGGGAGUCAAGGGGGCAAUUUUGAAGGCCCCAAUAAGCGUCGGAGAUAUUAAAUAUUCUUUCAUUCCUGACUGUUUAGAAAAAAAUUCAGUGGUAUGCCUUUAUACCUUGUCUGUUACUUAGGAGAAAUGGUUUUACUGUUAAUGUAUGUAGACUGAAGUUUUUCUUUUGUAAAACUUGAGGGUUUUUUUUUUUUUUUUUUUUUUGUAUUUUCUUUAUUCAUAAGCUUUGUAGAUUAGCUUAGUGAAAAAGAUGCCCAUCAUUGUGAAUGUUGAAAUGUGUUUGUGACCUUAGCUAAGGAUAGCUAUGUGGCAUUAUUAAAUCUAUGUAGUUAAUCUCAAUAAAGAAAUGCUUUUGCCUAAUUUAAAAUGUUCUUAGUGGUGUUCCCUCAUGACCUUACAAAACUUGCUGUGGUUGCUUUAGCUAAUCCUACCUAUUUAAAAGUAAAAAUAAUUUUGCUUUUCUGUUUGUUCCCGUACCCCUUAAGUUAGGCCGUUAGUGUAAGCUGAUGUCAAUAAGGGGUAAAUACUGUAGUAUAUUAGUGGGUGGGAGGCAUGGGGGAUGAGAUUGUAUAAACCAUAGAUCCUGUGUAAAGUUAGAAUUGUUGCUUACCUUUCCUAUAGGUUCUCACUAUUCAUAUAUUCUGAGAAAAGUUAUUGAGGAUAUCUUUGUUCUGUGCUGAUUUUUCCAAAUAAAUCUUUUGAAUCUUAAAAAA